AGUAUAGCAGUAUAGGUAAUCUACACAAUUGCAAUACAGUCAGCGGUCGCUGUGACCAACAGUACCUACCUGCUGUUGAAUAAUAAUGGUGUAUCUGCUGUAUCCAAGUCGUCGCGAUUUACCUGGUUUUGCUGUCGCUAUGGAGGUGUGCAUCAGACUAUCAAGGAAGUUACCGUAGUAUAUGUAGUGUAGGUAGGUAGGUACAUGUAGUACCGGUAAAUAUCUCUGAAUCCAUAUGUAUAUCCUCCUCGUUCUCUCUACCUACCUUCUCUCCCCGUUCUUCUCCCUCCUCUCAUAUUCCUUUCACUUUUCUUUUCCUUUUCCUAUCUUGCUGCUGCUGCUGCUGCUGCUGCUGCUUGUCUUGUUCUCUUCUCUUAUCCCCUCCACUACGACGUCUUGGUCUCUGCCGAUCUCCCCUAAACCAAGGACCAAGCCGAUCUUACUGCUUUGUGCAAAGGGAGCUAGCUCUCCACACUCCAUCUUGGAGGACAACCAACACCUCGGUGUAUGGGCAUACUUAGCUCUUCAGGCUCGCAGGCCACCUCAACUGCCCACACCAUCAUCAACGACAGACACACUUGCUAUUGCGCAAUACUAUCUACCUAAUCUACAAUACCGGUAGAUCUCAGGUAAAUCCCGGGGUGAGACCGCGAGACAGAGUACAGAGCCGUCUGUGUCUGUCCAUGUUGUCGAGCUCGGAACUGUACGUAACCUAU